AAAAUAACAAGAUUCAGUAUUCAUUCGUCAUUUUACUAAUUUAUACGAAUUUGCAAAGUUGUUUUGUCAAAAUGGAUCAACCAAAGCUUCUUCAGAAUGAUAAACAGACAACAGAGGUGUUCCCUAAAAAGCUUGAUACUUUUACAAUUAUUAACAAACGUUUUACACUCUCCUUUUUAAUGAAUAUUGGAUUUACAAUAAUGUUUUCUGGAAUUUUAUUGACUCAUGGAAAUAGAUGUUUGAUGUCAUCACAUGAAAAACCUGAGAACCCAUUUUUACAUGUAUCUGGUUUCUUAGUAGGGUACAUUUUAUCCCAAAUUCCAGCUGCCUGGGUUAGUUUAAAAGUUUCUCCAUUAAUUUGGUUUGGUCGAAGUAUUUUAGCGCAUUCAAUUCUAUUAUUUUUAAUUCCGUUUAUUGGAAGUAUUGGCUAUGGAUGUUUUGCAAUAAUGAAAUUUACUGAGGGUAUGGUAUCAGGUACAGCAUUUGUUGUAUUCAAUGCAUCUUGGAAAAAUUGGACGCCUGCCGCUGAUAGAUCUACAUUAAUUACAUUCGGUUUUGCUGGACGAUAUUUAGGUGAAUUUUUCGGAGAAUUAUUGGCAAAUAACUGUCCAGAAUUACCAGCUUGGAUAAUCCUAUCUUGUAUAAUUGGUAUUUGCGGUAUAAUAUGGUGGUUUGCAUGGAAUAAUAUGGUUUAUGAAUCACCAAAAAAUCAUCGGACUAUAAGUCAAAAGGAAUAUAAUGAGAUACAUUCAAUCAUUCAAGAAGAAAUACAACCAACUGAAGGUUUAUCAUGUACAAAAAUAAUUUUUUCCAUCCCCUGUCUAGUGUUGGUUAUUGUAAAUGUAUUUCGAGCAUGGAAUAGAAACCUCCAUGUGCAUACAAGAGGGGAUAUGUUCGCUUGUGUUAUAAAACUUAUCUCAUUCCCUCUUGCCGGAUAUUUUGCUGAUAUUUUAGUACGAAAAACGUCCUUAACAAGAAGUCAUGUACGAAAAUUAUUUAUUUCUGGCGUCUUUUUGCUUGAAGCUGCUUAUUUCAUAUUACUAACAUAUGCAGAAGGAAUGAAUAUGGGAAGUUGGUUCUAUUGUAUUGUAAUUUUCAUGGAAAUAUUAUAUAACGCAUCGGUUGGUGCAACAAUUGUAAACGCUGUGGACAUUGCACCAAGUCAUGCUGGGGUUGCAGCUGCAAUUAUGAGCAUUUUUUCGUAUUCUGUUUUCUUAAUAUCAUCAAAAAUGGAAAUUUAUUUGCGUCAAAUAAAUUGGCAUGUUGCGGUUCAUUUUAUAGCAAUAAUUGGACAUUUACUUGCUGGAGUAGUUUAUGGAAUUUAUGGAACAGCAAAUCCUAUCGGUGUAAAACACUAAAAUGUUCCCUAAAAUUAUUUAUAAGAAUAGAUUGUAAUUUUAAGAGCUAUUAUUUUUGGGAUAUU